CCUCAACCGCGCUGAAGCCCUUAUUCCCCCCUGCCCUUCCUUGACCAUCGCCAUGGUAGCCUCUUCUUUUUUGUCAAACUUGGCUGCGGCGAGUCCAAGCUACGAAACGAUCUCCCAGGUGACCGAUGGACACACCUCCCUCCUAGCAGCAGUCGUUCUCUGCGCAACAGCUCAUGCGACUUGGUGGUUUCUCAGAUUCUCGCUUCUCCCGUCGUUCCAUCGCGAUGAGCCCAAGGAGCUGCCAUAUACCCUACCACUUCUGGGGCAUCUCUUCUCAUUCUUUGGAGACUCCAAUGCCCUCCUGACUCGCGCGAGGAACUAUUUCGGCGACACCAGGGAGCCAUUUGCGCUCACCAUCGCCGGAAUGAAGACGUACGUCCUGACCAGGGCGGAAGACGUGGCAGAAGCCUACCGCAACGUCAAGACGCUCUCGUACGAGGAGUUCGUGCAGGCCAUGAUGCGCAUCCUCGGCAACUCCGAGCUGAGCGUCAAGGCCAUGUUCACGCCUCUGCCCAAGGACAAGUCGGGUUUCCCCAACCCGCACGGCAAGUCCCUCGGGAUUCUGUUCCGCGAGAUGCACAUCCAUCAGCUGUUCCCCGGAAAACACCUGGACUUCCUCGAAGACCGCUUCCACGAGUAUUUCGACGAGCACCUCCACCUCGAGAAGUUGAAUGAAGGGUGCCACUACGCCUUGGAGAAGACGGCCGGGUCUAUCGUAGUUCCCCUGACGCAGUGGUGCUCUGACUAUUUUGUCAGGGGUGGCCAGCACGCCUACUUUGGACCCAGGUUGGCUGAUAUCGACACCGGGCUGACGGAUGCCUUUAUCGUGUUUGACGAACUGAGCUACCAGGUGAUCUAUCAGUACCCGUCUUUCCUGGCCAAGGAGAUGAGAACGUCCCGAGACAGAAUCCUACAGGGCUUCAGGAAGUACCUUCAGGUCCCCAAGGAGGAGAGGGUGGGAGAUGCCUGGUUCGUCAAGGCUAUGGAGGACGAGCUGCGCGCUGUCGGGAUGAAUGAUGAGGAUAUGGCCAUUGCCACGCUGACCAUCUACUGGGCCAUCAACACAAACAGCCGCAAAGCCUCGUACUGGCUCCUCGCUUACCUCCUCCAGACCCCGGGACUGAUCGACAUUGCCCGAAAGGAGACGGCACCCGCGUUCCGCCCAGACGGCACCGUCGACCUGGACUAUCUGCACAGCUCGCUGCCGCAGGUCGACGCCAUGUGGAGCGAGAUGCUGCGCAUGUCGGCCUUCGCGGCCUCGGUGCGCUUCAUCACCGACGACACCGUCAUCGGCGGUAAGACGCUCAAGAAAGACAAGCGCCUCAUCAUCCCCUACCGCCAGCUGCACAUGGACCAGCGCGUCUUCGGGGAGGACAUUGACCAGUUCCGCCAUGAACGCUUCCUGGAGAACCCGCGGCUGGCUAGCGGCAACAACUUCCGCCCCUUUGGCGGUGGCGCGACCAUGUGUCCCGGCCGGCAUAUUGCCAAGCGGGGCGUCAUUGUUUUCGUGGCCAUGGUGCUGAAUAGGUUUGAUAUCGAGCUCGAUGGGGAAGACCAGCCUAUGCUGGAGGCGGACUUGAAGAAGCCUGUCCCGGGGCUCAUGUCCCCCAAGGUGGGAGCGGAUUUGAGGGUGAGGCUGACGCCGAGGAAGGCCUCGACUUGAGCAAGUCAUGUAGUUAUCGUCGUGAAGCAGACAUGAAAAAAUAUAUACACUCGUCCCUGGAGAAUGGUUGAUGUUGGGGUCCAAAAUUCAGACAUCUGAUAUCUCCAUGUUGACUCGAAUAACAUUCAACUCAAGACCACUUUUGUCACAUACAUGUCUACAUAGACUAUGAUCCAAAGUUCACACCUAUGCCUUGCGUCUAAUCUUGAACCGAACGGGACGGUCCGGAGGGAGGGCACCAAAC